AUGAAGUUUCCAAGAGAAGGACUAUCUAACACAGAAGGGAUACAGUGCUAUGAGUGCAAAGGGUUUGGACACAUUCAGUCAGAAUGUCCAACAUACUUUAAAAGGAAGAACAAAACAUAUGUGACAACUCUAAGCGAUGACUCAAACAGUGAAGAAGAUACCAACACUAAUUUCGUAGCAUUCACCACAAAUCAUGAGAAUGACAACGGAAACGAAAAUGAUAUACAAGAACUGCUAGAGUCAUAUACACAGUUGCAUGCUAAAUGGGAACAAAUCAUCAAAGUAAAUCUUGAACUCAUACAUGAAAAUCAGUUUCUAAAAGAUGAAAAAGAGAGUAAUGAAAAACGCCUUAAAGAUACUCAUAAUGAAUUAAUGGAAUCGAAAGGCAGAGAGGCCAAACUAUUACAAGAGAUCAAGGCACUAACUGAGAGGCCUAGAUCUCCAAAUCCAGCAUCCAAUGAAAGUCAUUCUUCUGAAAUUCCUGAAGUGUCGCAACAUCACUUCCAACACCGAAAGAGGAUCAGAUGUUAUUACUGUCACAGACUGGGGCACAUAAAAGCAUACUGCUUCAAAAGACAAAAUGAUCUGUAUUACAGACAAAUCAACAGAGAUUGGUCAGUACAAAGCAAGAAAAUUUGGGUAAGAAAAGAUCAAAAUGUUGCCUACACCUCAAAAACUAGCAAAGAACAAAACGUAUGGUAUUUUGACAGCGGUUGUUCAAGGCAUAUGACUGGAAAUCCAGAAAAUCUGGAAAACAUUCAGUAUAAGAAUAAAGGACAUAUUACAUUUGGAGAUGGAGGAAAAGGCCAGAUCAUUGCAAGCGGCAUCUUAAAUGUCCAUGGGCUGCCUAGGUUGCCAAAAGUCCUCCUAGUACAAAGUCUAAAAACAAAUCUAAUCAGCAUAAGUCAGCUUUGUGAAGAUGAACUCAAAAUAACCAACAAGCAAAAACAAUCACGGCACCAACAUAUGAGACACAUAAAUUCUCAUGACAUCAAAGGGGACCUAGAAAUAUUCCUAGACUAUUCAGGUUAUUCAUCAAACAGUAAGACUUUCAGUGUAGACAGUACUAUGGAAUCCAUGAAUGUGGUUAUUAAUGACACAAUUUCAAGAAUAAUCACUAAUGAUGACGAAAGUCCCAGAGUUGUUGAAACAACUGUUCUAACACCUUUGACUACUGUUAUGCAGAAUCACAAAACAGAAACAGAACCAGAUGAAAAAAGGAUAAUGGCUCUGCAACGAUCAUUAUGA